UUUGUCCGAGUGCAACAGCAAUGAACAAUCAGACUAUCACCAGCCUCAACUUCUUUGCUUAUUGGUUCAUAAAUUUCUCACGUUUCGCAUUUACAGAAGAUACAGAACCAGUGAGCAGUUCGUAUGAGUCCUAUGAUGAGGAAGAAGUGACGAAGGGUAAGUCCACAGCGCAACACCAGUGGCCAUCUCCUGAGGCAUCCAUCGAGCUAAUGAAAGAUGCGCGAAUCUGUGCCUUCCUCUGGAGGAAGAAGUGGCUUGGCCAGUGGGCCAAACAGCUGUGUGUUAUUCGUGAACAUCGUCUCUUGUGCUACAAAAGUUCAAAGGAUCAGACUCCACUACUGGAUAUCAGUCUGCUGGGCUGCAGUGUUGUCUACAAAGAGAAACAAACUAAAAGGAAAGAACACAAGCUGAAAAUAACCCCACUGGGUGGAGAAGCCAUCGUUCUCGGACUGCAGAGCAAAGAGCAGGCUGAACAAUGGCUAAAG